GAUAAUAUUUCUAGAGCACUUUUUAGAGAUUUCUACAUACGAAUAGAAGGUAUAUAGGAAAGCUUUAUAGCAUCUAUUAUUUGACUCGAAUAUUUUUUAGCAGAAUACAUUUUUUCCUCAAGCAAAAUAGUAAAAAAAACAAAAUAUAAUAUAUACCUCAUUAACAUAUUUAGGGGACAAAUGUUUCAAUUAACCUCAAAAUGCCUCUUUUGCUUUUCGCAGCCAAAUCUUCCACGUGUCCUCCACCGUAUUACACCGGCUAAACUAGAGGCUACGUUAGUACAUAUAAAGGAGCGUAAGAAGAAACUUCGCUAUCUCGGUAGCUCCCUUUCCCAGUUCAAUGACCGUAUAUUUUUGUACGGAAGAACAGGUGGUCCUAAGGGCGCCAGAUAUAUAGUUGAGAAACAUCACCAUCGAACGCAGUACUGCCAUCCCGGUGAUAACCCAAAUCGAUACAGCAUUCGAUCUGUUCAAACUGGGGGAGGUCAGUUUGACCAGCUCGGUGGCUUCACCCGUAUGAGAUGGGACAACGCUAUUGGCAACACUAAUAUUAUGCAGGACCAAUGCCUGUCCCGAAAUGCGACCUGUAUUCUCAAGCAAGAGGCAAUAAACCGUGUGGAAGAGUGGGGCGUGCGGUAUAUCCUUUUGGACGAGAUGCGCAAGCCGUCCGUCAUGGACUGCAAAUACCACCGACACCAGCUGUACCCUAAUAAGUUUCGAUGGAAUCCAGACCCUGCGACAAACAGCUCCAUGGGGGAUGCGGAUUGGAAAUGGCGUGGGGAUGAGCUUAUCGAUUACACGGACUACAACGCCACCUCGAAGGAUGCUAAGAACCAGUUCAGAUCUAUGUGGAUGACAACUAACAAUGAUGCGAGACAAAAGAUAAAGGAGGUUGCUAUUAGUGAAUCUAGAAAGCAGAUAGCUGCCAAAUCUUAAUUCACAGAUAUGAGGUUGCAAUCGCAAUCGACUAAGGGAAUAACGAAAAUUCUUAGCUUUAUUGAACAUCGAAAGCAGGAAACACUUUGUUUUUAUUAUGUGUGUAGGUAUGAUGGGAGGUUAGCAGAAAACUUUAUAAAACUACUUGAAUAUUCCUUUAAUAAAUAGCACUCAAAAGGUUCUUAAUAAAAAAAAAAAACGGAGGCAUAUUCAAUUAUUCACCUUACAUUACAAUACACUAAAAGUGAAAAAAAAAAGAAUUCAUAACAAAAGCAAUGCUUCUCGAUUUUGUUUGCGUUUUAUUUGACUUCUUCAUUAUUAACUUGUUUAGCAUCUGUCAUGAACUCAAUGCUUGUAGUUACGAUAAU